UCUCUCUCUCUCUCUCUAACACAUGCUCUUUUGAAGAUUUUUUUUUUGCCACCAUUGUUGUGGUGGCUCUUAAGGUAAGAGCGAACCAACCCAUGUUUCUUCACCAACUGGGUCACCUCAAUCUCAACCAAAGUUUGCAUCUUUACCCCAUUUUCCAUCACCAAAAGAAGAAUUUCAUGAAGACAUGGAGGCAAUGAAGAAGGAAUCACUAUUUGUCAUGGCACCGAACACCACCGAGAAGAAGAACAGCUCUGUGAAAGAUGAAAUUAGAAUGGAGGAAUGGGAAAUGAGGCCCGGUGGAAUGUUGGUUCAGAAGAGCAACAACAACUCUCAUACUCUCCCAAUUGUUCCCAUGAUCACAGUCAUAGUCAAUUUUGGCUCUUCAUAUCACAAUGUCUCCAUCAGUUCCCAAGCAAGCUUUGGGGAACUGAAGAAAAUGCUGGCAGGGGAAACAGGAGUCCACCCAGAAGACCAGAAGCUGAUGUACAAGAAGAAAGAGAUGGAUUCCAAGGCGUAUUUGGAUGUUACCAAGGUGAAAAACGGAUCAAAGAUUGUCCUAAUCGAGGACAUCACCUGCAGGGAGAGGCGGAGUUUGGAGAUGCUCAAAUCGUCUAGAUUGCACAAGGCUUCCAAAUCCAUUAACCACAUCACCACCGAGGUCAACUCGCUGACUCACAAGGUGACAUCCCUUGAAGCAACGAGUUCCAAAGGUGGGAUUGUUUCUGAGAAGGAUAUAGAUGAUCUAACUGAAGCUUUGAUGACCAAGUUGGUGGAAAUGGAUGGGGUUUCGGUGGAUGGAAGCUUGAAAUUGCAGAAAACAACUCAGGAAAGGAGGGUUCAGAAGAACAUUGAGACUCUUGAUAUGUUGAAACUGGAGAUUGGCUCUUCAAGCAAUGGCAGCAAAUUGGUAGCACAAACAGCAACAAUGCAGCAGCAACAGCAGCAGAAAGUUGAGGCCAAGGCAGAGGAUGUGACAGUUGAUCAAUUGCAAGUAGUAAAGCAGUGUGAGGCAGUUGUGGUGACAACGAAAUGGGAGACUUUUGAUUAACUUAAAGACCAAAGGGAGCUGCCAGCCAGAUUACCAAAAAGCUAGGUCCAAGAUUUCAUCAGAAAGCUAGCUAAUAAGCACUUGCUUAACUGGGUUUCUUCCUUCUAGAAGAUCUAGCUAGCUGAAUCCAAGUCUCACAGAAACAUGUGGUGGAUCUUCAGAUAGCUAAUACUGCAGAUUAUUCUUUUUAGCUACAGAAGGAACAAAGGGUAAGAGAGAGAUGUCUUUCUGCCAGAUGGGUCAAAAUUUGCAAAAUUUACCAUAAAGGAAAAUGAAUUCCUCCUUGUUUUUGGUUUCUUCAUGAACUUCCAGUCUGUUUGUCAUUGUUUUGUGAUGAGAGAUUCCCAUCAUCAUCAGUGGGAGAGGUUGAACUAUUUGUGUGUAUAUAUAAAUGCAUAGAAUGUAAUACAUUAUAUCAUGUUGAAGACU